UGACAAUUAAAGGGGGUAUCCAGCCCCCAGCCCCGGGCCUGGCAAAUCAAUAUAUUAAUGUAUAUUUCCUGCUAUUCAAUCAUCUUAAAUUUAGCAGUAGCUUCUUGUUUUCCGAUGCUUGAAUUAUAUUUACUGUCUUGUUAUGAAAUGAAAAACUUGAAAUUGACUUUGGUGUGCAGAUUGAGGUGCAGAUUGAGAUUUUGUGCAGAGGGCAGUGGUAGCAGCAACAACAACUGGCUCACCGGUGUUGCUCACUUGGCAACAAAAAAAAUGGCGGGUCAACAUGAUAUAGAUCGGAUACCUUCCUCGAUUACUUCUUCUACGAAAAUGGCUCAGAGUGAUAAUAUCUCGAACUCUGAAAAAGGUGAUGACCAAGAAAUAGGCUCGAAUCGUUCAAAUGGAGGCUCGACAUUUGCUUCUAUAAGGCCAUGUUUGGCUGAUAAGUUGAGAGUUGGUUAUUUCAGCAUGGACAGAGCUUGCCAGACUGAACAGUCAGAAAUAAUUGAUUUAAAAGAAACAACAGGCCUGUUGACUUCUCUUGUUCAGGAAGUUUCUGUGUUAAAAAAGACACUGAAUUACACAAAACUGGCACUGCAAGCUGAUUAUGAUGCCAAGAUUGAAUCUCGUUCUGUGGAACUGUAUAACAGAACAAAUAGCCACAUUGCUGAAAUAGAAGAGUUACAUAAAGAGAGAGUAAAAGUAGUGAGGCAUAGCUUUCGCACUCAGCUUGCCGAUGCCAUUUGCAAAAUAUCAACAGACUAUCAUAAAUACUAUGCCUUAAAAGGUGAACUGCAAGACAGAGAACACCAAAGCGAGCUCAAUAAAAUGGCACAGAUUCAAGAGGAACAAAAGCAGGACCAUCUUGCACAACAGGAAAUGCUUGAUAUGAUGCAGCUUCAAUUUUCACAUGAUGAGAUUCAAGACGACGAAGAAUCUUCAACAAAAUCUCCAUCAGUUUCUUCUGAAAUGGAAAGGCAUGCAGAGGAGAUCAGGCAUUUGACUGAUACAAUUUCAAAUCUUGAAGAUCGCAUCGAUGAGUUUUCAGAGCUUCUAGAUCAGAAAAAUGAGGAAAAAGAUCAUUUAGAAAAGGAAUGCCAGCGUUUGGUCGAAAAGCUGAACUUAGAACAAGAUACGCAAACUCAGCUGAAAAAGGAAGUGGUGGACCUCAAGCUUGAAAUCGAAACAGAAAAGAAAAACAGUCGAUUAGAGCUAGAAAGGCAGAAGGAAGAAUUGCAACUUGCAAUGCAACAACGAAUAGAAAUAAUUAGAGCUGAGGCCCACCGAGAAGCCGAAAUGAAGAUAUCAGACGUGGAAAAUGCUGCUAAGCGUAAGGAGAAAGCGAUACAAGAGCAGGUUAAACUGGAAAAGGAGAAGCUUGCCGAGAGUGCAAAGCAAGUGGAGAAGUCUAUUUCAAAUGACAAUUUGGCGCAAGAUUUAGCACGCAUGAAAGAAAUUGAUAAGAUGCAAAGGCAAGAAAUAUUGAGGUUGCAAAAGGAACUUGAAAAGUCCAAUAAAACAUGGGAGGUUAAAGUUACUAUUUUGCAGCAAACGAUGCAUGCACUGAAGGAUGAGAUGUUUCUGCGAACAUCUUUGAAGAGACAAUCUGCAAAACUGCAACACGCGGCCAUCACUUACGCCAGCGAUGGUCCUGCAGCUGCUUCUGCUGCUCUCGGCCCAACCAAACCACCGAAUGCAAGCAGAAAAUAUCAACUGCCGAAUAUAAUUCAAGGACCAAGAUCAGGUCUUCACGGUGACGAAAGCUCAGAAGAUACCCCAGAGAAUGAUUUUCGGUUUUCAAGAAAAAUGGAGACAAAGAGAACCUCAGCUCCUCCAUUGCGGGAGGUACCCAGCGCUCCAUCGCCAACCCUAGAACUCUCUCACAGACAAAGGCACUUAGCCUCAGUUAAACUCUUUCGACUUGGUUAACUUCCUGCCCCUGAUCUUGAAAAUAUGUAUAUAGCACAAAAUUGUACUAGUAACACGUUCCUCAGAGUAAGAAA